ACUUAAGAAAUACGAAUCUGUAAAUCAUCGUUUUGUGUAGAAAUUGAAGUUGGCCUUAUUCGUUAAACAUUGUGAAUCGCUUCAAAAACAAAAAGUCUUAUAGCUAGAUCCAGUAAUAAAAAUCAACAAAUUAGAUGAAUAACAAAUGAAUAUAAAUUCUAAAUGAGUCAUAUGGUUAGGUUGGGGGGCGUGCGCAGCUCGGGAGAAAGCGUUCAUUGAGCCUACGUCACUGCGUAUUGGUUCCGCUGCUCGUUUCUUAAUUUUUUACGAAAGCUGGGUCAUUUAUUUUAACUUGAUCGUUUUAGUUUUUACGGUACGAAGUUUUGUUUUAGCAUUGUGAUUUUGGGUCACGCAUAAAAAAACACGAAUGUCAAAAGACUCUUCGUUUUUAUCGGACUCCGAACCAAGCAACGCCACUAUCCGGCGAUGUAUUCUUUUGUUAACAAUUUCUUACCAAAGCUAUUUCUCAUCUGUGUUAUUUUUUAAUUAACGCGAUUGUUAUCAAAAAAUAAAUCGAUGUUGUCUUCAUUAGAAAACGACGUAUGACGUAUAUGUGGUCGUGUGCGUAUCACGUGAAACGUCGGUCACUAGGCAACGACCGCGUAGCUGACGUUCUACAAAACAACAAACAUUCGUUUGACGAGCCGCUGGAUGAGACGGUUGCGAUCUUCAGACUUGCCUUUACAUUUCUUGACUUUUAUUGAACAGUUCAUUUCGUUAAUUCAUUCGUUGAACAAUACAUUUUCAUCUGAAUUACUGUGUGUGUCCUGUAUUUUGUCUUGUUUUAACAUUUCUUGCGAGUUGGUUAUUUUUACAGGUCAGAUGACAUCGUUCGUCGGAGGAAGCUGUCGUGCGGCUGGCGUACCGAGGGACCAGAUCGCCUCGUUGUUCGUGGGGGACCUUCAUCCAGAAGUGUCCGAGUUCGUCCUCCAUCAGACGUUCAGCCCGUUCGGUCCGAUCCAGUCCGUGCGGGUCUGCAGAGACAGGUUGACUCGGCGAUCCCUGCGGUAUGGUUAUGUUAACUUUGUUAACCUCGCCAAUGCCGAGAGUGCCAUGGACAACCUGAUGUGCCAGGAUCUUCUGGGCAGACCCAUGCGGAUCAUGUUCUCCCAGCGUGAUUCCACGCUGCGGACGACUGGGGUCGGGAACAUCUUCGUCAAGGGUCUGGCCAGCAGCAUCGAUGGUGCCCGCCUUCAUGACAGCUUCUCGAUUUUUGGGAAGAUCCUGUCCUGCAAGGUGGUCUGCGAUGCGAACGGAUCCAAAGGUUACGGAUUCGUCCACUUUGCCACCUUCGAAGCGGCAGAGAAGGCCAUCAAAGCGCUUGAUGGCAUGUUGUUGGACGACCAGCUAGUGUCCAUUGGCCACUUUAAGACCUUUGAAGAGCGUCGCGUUGAGCCGCAGGUCGUGGCUCAGGACAACGAGCGGCGCUACCCGGGGGUUAGUCUGUACGUGCGUAAUCUGCCCUAUAGCUUCAGUGAGCAGCAGCUGCACAGAGUGUUCUCACCCUUUGGAAGCAUCAUGAGUGCCAAGUUGAUGAUGGAGGCCGGACGCAGCCGAGGGUUUGGAUUUGUCAGCUUCUCCACCCUCGAAGUUGCGACCAAGGCUGCGUCGGUCAUGGACGGGCGUGUGGUUGCCGGCAGGGCGUUGCGGGUCACUCUGUCUCGUCACAACGAGCAGAAGACCCAGACCGAGAAGCAGGACAGCAGCAGUGACUCACUUCCUGCUGGACGGUUUACGUCUGCUGUUCCUCAAGUCGAAAAACGCCCUGACGCUCAACCUGAAAACCAGCCGGCGCUUCAGGACGUCAGUCGACAGACAGCAGCGUGCGCCCUCGCUCAGAGUGAGAGUCUCCGCCCACCCAUGCCUGUCGACCUGUGGGAUGACGUUAAUACUCGGCCCCCGCGCCUGCUGGUCUCUCAGGUGCUCAUGGAAUACUGGGCAAGCCAAGCAGGGUUGGAUGUGUUGCGUCCUAUGCGACCGCUCGCCCUGCCUGCACCCAGUGAUGAUACUGAAGUCUUCACUCACUUGUCUCAGAUUCCCAAAACUCUGCCUGACGGUGCAAGAGCUCCUGUCCAAACGCAAGCUCAACAGCUGGUUGACUCUUCACAUCGGUCACCAUCCGCGUGGGGGCGCCGGUUCUGGACGACGUUAGACAGAUGUUCGGAGUCCAGAAGCCUGAGCUGCCCCACCAGCUGGAGCAUCACGAAUCUACAGACAACACGCAGGCAUUACAAAUGGAUCUAUGGCAGAACACUCCCGCGGAACAAGACCAACGUGAGGCUUUGAUGAACGCGUCAAAGCUGUUCAUUGUAAAUACCUGUACAUAUUGUAAAUAAAAUAGCAUGAGAAUGAAUUUGAGUCUGAGUUUUU